AUGAACCUGAAUAUUUUCCAGAGAAAAUGGAAAGGAGGGAUUGAUGCCAAAGGCAUGAAUGAAUUGAAGAAGCAAAUGAUUAGUGGAGAGUUCUGUGACCCUACACAUAAUGACACAGGUAAUGGCAGUUCUAGCAAGAGGCAAUCGAUGCGCCCUUACCCCCUAACACAGAGUACUUCCCGAUCUUAUUUGGCAGCUAAAAUCCAAGUCAAUCAGUAAAACAUUUAUCGAUAUGAUAUCAGUUCUAAAUUACUGUUCCGUCGUUUUUAUCAAUUCUAAGUUACCGUUUCAUCGCAUAUUUUGUAAGAUGUCAGUUUCAAAUUACUGUUUCAUCUUUUGUCAGCUAUCAGUUAAGAUAUUUUGUAAAAUGUCAGUUCCAAAUCUCUGUUUCAUCAGACCUAUCAAGUCAUCAACAAUCGUUGAAGUACGAACCAAAUAUAUAUAUAUAUAUAUAUAUAUAUAUAUAUAUAUAUAUAUAUAUAUAUAUAUAUAUAUAUAUAUAUAUAUAUAUAUAUAUAUAUAUAUAUAUAACUUUAAAGCAAAUUCUUAUUCUCAAUUAUAUAGCAAAAAUAUAUACAUGUAAAAUGGGUGCGCCAGAAGGACAGAUGAUAAGAUUUGCGGGAGACGCUGGUUUUUAUUCAGACGACAUUGUGGUGUAUUUUAGUAAGUAUUGCAUUCUUCAGUUUAGUUACAUUUUUGGCAUGGUUACGGUUCUAGAACAUAUCUCAUGGUGUCAUAGAAGCCCGAAUCUUAUUAGUCUUAAAUUAAGUCUGAUUUUACAAAUGGCCCAAGCGCAUUAUGGCUGUUCUGAAAAUUUAUAAGACAGCUUCUUAAGGCGUGGUUUACACUAUCAAAGUUUCUGUGAUCACAGUAGCAAUUUUGCAUAGUUAAAUUCUAAGUUCUGAAGGAUUUGUAAGAAAUGUUUGAGGAAACCACUCCGUGCUAACAAUGACUCAGUUCGCUUACAAACCUUCAAAACGUAGAGUUGACUUAUGCAAAUUUACUACUGUUAUCACAGAACAUUUGAUACUGUGAAGCGCCCUUUAUUGCUAAGUAUUAUGAUCAAAUUGUUGUACCAUAUUCUAAUAAUAGUUUAUAACUCUUCAACAGAUAAUCACGACGAUGGAAGAAAGACCAGUCUCGCAAGUACUGAUAAGCGUUGCGCCAUGGCCUUGGUGACGAAAGCCACCUGGAAUGUUGCCAAAAAAUAUGACUUCACUUAUGGAAAGAAUUUAGAUGAACUUCGUAAGUUUACUUUCUUAUGUGGUGGGUUUAAGUCAGCGUUGCAGGGCAGCAGAUGGUCGUCGACCUCAGAGAUGUUCACACUUUUAAAAGGAAAAAAAAUUGAUCGUUAAUUAAGAUGUAACCACAAUUAAACUGCAGUAUGGCUGGAACCAAACAGCGAGGAAAAUGUCACCCAUAUAGCGAAAUGUCUUUAAUUUCCAUCACGUUAUUUCUACUUUUAAAAGCUCAGAGAGAUUAAGUCUUGGAGUAAAAUACUUGCCACUAGCAAGUUAUUGAACUAACAGCUUUAACCGUUGUAUUAGUUCUUAACUUUAAAUUGAACUUUGUUGCAGUGCCAGAAUGUAAUGACGUCAACACAACAUGUAAAAAAGAAGGAAGCACACCAGCGCCAUGCACAUCAAUACCACCAUCAACACUAUCAUCAACAACAACACCAACAACACCAACAACAACAACAACAACAACAACAACACCAUCAACAACAGCAACACCAUCAACAUCAACAUCAACAAACACUGGAAACACCACCACAAAAGGCCCCAAUUCGGCGAACCAAUCAGCAGAAAGGACCAAGACUUGGGAUAACUUCAGAAAUGGUUUCCUUGCUGGAUUUGCGACGUUGUUGAUCCUGAUGUUUUUCGCUGCUUUGAUUUACUGUUUAUUCUGUCGAUCACACAAAAAGAAGAACAGAAAAAGUAAUUACUGUAAGAUUAUAGUGUAAGAGUUAGUGCUACAGUUCUCACUAGUUUAGGUUUCCUCCUGUAUAAGAGAUUACUCUUACUGGACCUCUAGGAAGAACAGUUUAGAACUGAUAGGGCUAUCUAGUAUAAAUAAAGUUAGUUUAGUUUAGAUUUCCUUCUGCAGUAACACUGGAUCAAUAAGAGAUGAUUCUUACUGGACCUCUAGGAAGAACAGUUUAGAACUGAUAGGGCUAUCCAGUAUAAAUAAAGUUAGUUUAGUUUAGAUUUCCUUCUGCAGUAACACUGGAUCAAUAAGAGAUGAUUCUUACUGGACCUCUAGGAAGAACAGUUUAGAACUGAUAGGGCUAUCCAGUAUAAAUAAAGUUAGUUUAGGUUAGAUUUCCUUCUGCAGUAACACUGGAUCAAUAAGAGAUGAUUCUUACUGGACCUCUAGGAAGAACAGUUUAGAACUGAUAGAGCUAUCCAGUAUCAAUAAAAUUAGUUUAGUUUAGGUUUCUUCCUGCAGUAACACUGGAUCAAUAAGAGAUGAUUCUUACUGGACCUCUAGGAAGAACAGUUUAGAACUGAUAGAGCUAUCCAGUAUAAAUAAAAUUAGUUUAGUUUAGGUUUCUUCCUGCAGUAACACUGGAUCAAUAAGAGAUGAUCCUUACUGGACCUCUAGGGAGAACAGUUUAGAACUGAUAGAGCUAUCCAGUAUCAAUACAUAAAGUUAGUUUAGGUUCCUCCUGUAGUAACACUGUAUCAAUACGAGAUGAUCCUUACUGAAACUCUAAGGAGAACAGUUUAGAAUUGUAGAAAUAUCGAGUAUGAAUAAAGUUACUGUAAUCUCUAUUAAGCCACUGGAAGCUUAUGGAGGAUUACAAUAGUUUAGCUUAAUUUUAAUUAGCUCAUUUAGGGUGAAGGAAUCUUACAUAUUUUGUUUCUAAUUAUAUUUCAGCAAAUGGUGUUUCAUACAAGGUUGAAGAUCAACGUCAAAGCACUCCUGUCAGCAAUGCAGGAUCAGCAGAACCACUACCAAAGAAAACUCCUUUGGCUUUGCCCAAUAACAAUAAUAGUAAGUCAUAGUCGCCUAUACGAUUGGAUAGGAAAAACUUAUUUUCACUCUGAUCAUUUGCUUCGUUUUAAUACCAAGACAUUUCAAUAAUUAGUACAAAUAUUUUGUUUAUAGACCAGGGAAUCAACAACAUAGGUUUUAAAAGAGAGACUUUGGAACGAGUUGACAGUCCUGCUUAA